GCAAUCAUUCUCGGGUGACGCAGUACCCCCUUGCCCAGCUAGGUGGUGACGCUGGACGCCCGGAACCAUGGAAGCAGCCCCCACAGCCCGCUCAUGACCUACGAAGCAAUGAGUUUGGAUGUGCAGCACCUCCUGGCCCGCCUGGGCAUCACCAAGUGCAUCCUCCUGGGACACAGCAUGGGGGGCAAGACAGCCAUGACGCUGGCCUUGCAGCGGCCAGACCUGGUGGAGCGCCUGAUCUCCGUAGAUGUUAGUCCCAGCUCCACCGCAGCUGUGUCUGAAUUUUCUGCCUACAUUUCUGCCAUGAAGUCAGUGAACAUCCCCUAUGGUCUGCCACGCUCUGCAGCCCGUCAGCUGGCUGAUGAUCAGCUGCGUCCUGUUGUCCAGAUGGCACAGCUGAGACAGUUCCUUCUCACCAACCUGGUGGAGGUGGAGGGCCGCUAUGUCUGGCGAGUAAACCUGGAGGCUAUUUCCCAUCACUUCUCAGAUAUCAUGGACUUCCCUGUCUUCCACAAGCCGUAUCCAGGCCCCACACUUUUCUUGGGAGGGUCCAACUCACCCUAUAUCAGCCCCAAAGACUACCCGGAGAUCCAGCGCCUCUUCCCAAAGGCAGAUAUCCAGUUCAUUGAAGGUGCGGGUCACAUAGUCCAUCAAGAUAAAUUUGAAGAAUUCAUCACUGCCAUCCUCAAUUUCCUGCCAGCACCACAGAGCCAGGGACCAGGGCUUCCGUGAGCACCACAUGGGACCUGAGUAGUUUUGGGAGAUGAAGCAGGGCUCCUGGGCAGUGUGAGAAGAACCCUCCGCCCUGUCACCCCCUUUGCAGUGUGAUCCUGCCUGCAGGGCCAUCUUCCACCCCAGGUUGGAUAGAACUGGAGCUGAAAUGCCCUCCCUUGCCCAGCCCUCUGACCUCUCCCUGCCGCCUCGCGGGGAUGCAGGGUGUCACUAGCCCAGGACACUGUCCUUCUUGAGCCCCUGUCCCAGGGGCUGCACUCAAGUGUCUCAAAUGUUAUAAGGGGGCAGGAGAGCCCUCAGGGAGGGUGCUCUGGUCUGUCGGGGUGGCUUUGCCCUUUUGCAUUGGGCCCAGAAUGUUUUUCUGCUUCUGGACCACCCAGUUGCAGAGCUGCCUGUGACUGUGCAGAACUUGCAAUAAAGCUGAAUCGAUGCUGAGGCAGAAAACAGUCUGAAUGUGGUCAUGGAGGAUAAAGAAGGUGCUAGCAGGCACAGGAAAUGGGUUCUUGUUUAUCUGAGGGGACACUGGUGGGAGGCUAGAGCUGCACUGGGCCCAUAACACACCAAGCUCGAGGAGCAUCACAUGUAAGAUGCAAAUUUAAGGAUCUUUCAUGGCUCCCAGAGGGAAACACACCCUUUCCUAUGCCUUCCUAUGAAGCAUCUCGUCCUGUGGCAGAGGAUGUAGCAUAGAGAGACCCUCCUCUGUUCUUCUGGGGAUCAAAGCCCAGCGCUGUGACCUUGCUUUGCCCAGGUUUCGGAAGGAGCCACAGUGACAUCUCCAGGGAAGGAAGUGCAAGCCUGGGGCUUUCUGCACCCUUUGCGUGUACCUGUGCACACUGGACAUGCCUCCGCUCAGCCACCAGCCAAAGGCAAAUGUGGCAGGAGGGGGCCAUGUUCCGCAGCCGGGGGAAGUGCAGGAUGAAGUGUAAGUGGGGGCCCACCUGGCUGCCUGAAGCCUGCCAGGAUCGAGUGCAAUGGUCAAGGGCAGACCCUGGCCACGGGUGCAUCAAAGGACAGAACUGAGGAGAAAGCGAGAGGAGGUGUGCAGUCUGCAACUAAUAAAGCACAUGCUAGUUCAGAGGUUAAAUGAUAAAGCCAGUGUUGAUGAUGCCUCAGGAGAGGAAGGGGAAUCAGUGUCUCACUCCAGAGUGAGAAGCCUGGUUGAUGGCACACUCCCGUCUUGGAGCUGACUCCAGGGACCAGCCACUUGGGGUGGACAAAUUCAUGGAGGAAAGCAGCUGUGCACUGUUACCAGGGAAACCAGAGGGGUCUUUCCCCCCCGCUUCAGAGUCGUUGCAUGGAGUUUGUUUUUUUUGUCUGAUCUGUAUGUAGGACACGAGGAACAGGAGAAUCAGUCUCUGGCCCUGGGCUGCUUGGAAAGAUAGGGUGAAGCCUGUGGUGCGAGAGAGCAAGGGGUGUCUCAAGCUAGCAGCAGCCAAGGCACUAAUGCUGUGAGUCUUACUGUCCAAGGCAGAGGGAUGAUUGGGGACUGGUGGAAGCUGCCUCCUGAGCAGGGAGAUAUUUUGAGACUGCGAGGGGAUGUUGCAGGAGAGAACAGCUGGAACAUGGACACCCAACCUGCUGCUUUGGGCUUGGGGCCUGUGCUCAGAAAUCCAUUGGGGUGACUGCCUGAGGGCAGGUUUUGCCUUUUUGUUCUUUCCAAAACCAGCUGCAUGGGUAGGACAUACAGACUUUUUACAUAACAGGCUUAUUACCAUGCAGUGAGAGCAGCCAUAGACAGCAGGCUUAGCCUAAGGGGAUGCAGACAUGGAGAGCAUGUAGAUCCAGGACAAAGACUGGAAAUGCAGAGGGAAAGGAGGGUAAGAGACAUCUCUGCUGCCCUCUGAGCCAGAAUGGACAAACCCUAAAUCACACACAACUUUGGGAGAGGACCUGGCUGCCUGGUCUCUCCUCUGGCAGCUGUGCACUUGGAUGAAUCAGGCAUUGGAGAAAACGGAGCAAACAAGAGGAGAUGUUGCUCUGCCAAUGUGCAGGGGAAGCAGACAUGCACUGAGCAGUCUGUCUCCAGGAGCCCAGCCCCAGGGAGCAUGUCUGCUCAUCCAGCCCCAAACACAGUCCCCUCCUCCUCAAGCUUUCUCUGAUUUCACACCUCCUGCCCAGUGUCCCAGGAGAAGGUGACAUAACAGCAACUACUGCCAGCUGUAAUGAUCACCAACUCACUAAUGGUUGAGGGGAGGUGCAAUCUGCUGUGAAAAUCCCUUUAUUAGACAAUAGGUAAAGUUAGAGACAAGGAGAAAGUGGCACUGGGGGCGAUGGAUAAUAUCUGUCACACUUGGGGACGUGGUCACAUUGGAAGCUCUGUUUUGGGAUGGUUAACAGACAGGUUAACCAGCUU